AUGGUUGAGGUCACGAGUUGGAUUCCGCACGCCGUAGUGGAGACACUGCGCGAUCGCUCCGCGCAGCCCGUCAUCGCUUGGCUCACAGCGAUUCGCGGGGCCACGGAGGAAUACGACCCGAUGGUGGUGGUCCGGCCGCCGUCUGCGGCGUCGCAAGAGUCCGAGGCGGACUUCGCCUUCAACGAGAUACUAUCGCAGCUGGGCAAGGAGAUAUACAAGCUAGAUGAGUACCAGAGACACCUCGCUCCGUCGCAGGCGCAGAUAUCGCACAGCAUCCUCGACAUCUUCGACGAGUGCCUAGAGGACAUGAGCUUGCCGGAACGGCCAAAGAUGGAAAAACUUAAUAGUGAAUCUCAACCUGUGACGAGCACGCCUAAAAGCGACCUUUCUUCCGAACCGCCACCCCUCCCGCCGCGGAAAGUGACAGCUUACGACAACACCGUUAGCGGAAGACUGUCGCAGUCGUCGGACAGCGAUUCGGAGAGCACGAUAUGGAGCUACAAGGAAUGCGAUCCGGAGGAGGUGAAGAAGGACACCUACGCGGCCGUCUGGUCGCACUCGACCGGCUACCACAACUCGGACGACAUACUCCGCAGGGUGCUGUCCCGCGCGGAGCGGCGCGCGACGAUAUCUCGCCUGUCGUUCGACACGGCGAGCGACUUUUCGCCACCUUCGUUCUCCGUGUACGCGCUGCACGAAAGCGACAGGUGCUCAGUCGCCGAUAUGACGCCGGACAAGCCGUGCGACGACGGCUACGAGCCGGUGCGCGACGCGAUCACGGACGAAAACAUUUACGAGGAGAUCGAGUACGGGUACAGUUACACGGACGAAGGGUGCUCGUGUGGCGGCAGUGGCGAGGUGGACAGUUUGAUAAGUGCCAGUUCGGGGCUGAGUCGCGACAGUCCCUUGUACGCGAACUUGAGGGACAACGACGCGUACGCCAUACCGCCGGAUGUGAUCUUCUGGAAAAACUCGCUCUUGGAUCCCUUUUGCAACGAAGAUGAGGAGGACGAGUGGAUCACCCCAGAAGAAUGCGAAGUAUACUCAAGGGAGCGAAGGCCGCCCCUCGUCAUCCCAAGAAUCACGCAGUACCGCCCGCCCAGACGAGAUCAGCGGCAGCAUUAUCAAGAGACGCACAGCUUAAAAGACGUGCCAGACCAAUCAUGGAACUGGUCCCCGACUUCCGAAAGGAGUCGCCUUGGCGUCGAACUCAACUCCAGGUUACAAGACAGUCCUCCACUAUGGGUCAACAAGAGACUUGGUGGGUCAACCGAAAAUCUUUUGGCGGGGAACCGGCGUCCGAACCACCUGCAGCUCCCAGCCUCCUCGUCCGGAGACAGCCUGGACGUGGAGGUUCGGGAGAAGCCCGGGUACAAGAAGGAGAGGAAGUCCAGAUCAAUGGUGGCCACCAAGCACAAGAUGCAGCGUCCUCCUACGGCCUCGCCGCGGCCCUUAUAUCCACCGAUUGAGGCAACAGUACUUUACGAAGCGCCGGUAAAGCGUACAAAGUUUUCCGAGGGUGGCAAGAAGAGUAAGAAAAACUGGACGGAUUGCUAUAUGAUCCUCACACCGACGGCUCUAGUGUUUUAUAAGGACCAACGGACGUACUACGCUACGAAACUGCCCAAGCCGCUGAACGCUCCCCCCAGCCCCACCGCCCCGCGAGCAGAGCUAGUGUUGCCUCUGCUCAAUGCACACGUGCUGCAGUGCAUUCAGAUGCACACGAGACGAUUUACUCGUUCUCUGGUGCUGACGGUGGAACACGACCAGUACCUCCUUCAAGAUGAAACGGAAGAAGGUGCCAAACGGCUUCUUAAAUGCAUCCAGAAUGUUAUUUAUAAAUUGGGUCCACCAGCGCUAGACGAUCGACCGAGUCCCCAAUACCAAAGCAGCAAUACCGACUUGGAAAGCCUCGGACGAACUCCGCCUGUCUCGCGGCACGCCACUAGGAACAAACAAAAAACCGGAGGCAGUAGCAAUGAGGAUCUUAGUGACUCGACGGAAGUGUCGAUUCACAAGUCUCACGUCCGAAGUAGACUGAAGAAGUUCUUUGCCAAACGGCCGGCCAUGGAGGUACUCGUCAAGAAAGGCAUCUACAAAGAUGAACCGGUUUUUGGCCGCGAGUUGGAAGAGGUAUGUCCCACGACCGGUCCCCGUGUCCCCGAGUUCGUCAAGGCGUGUGUCCGGGAGAUCGAGAGCAGUGAGGAGAAUAUGUGCACAGAUGGGCUGUACCGAGCGAGCGGAAACCUAAGUCAAGUUCAGAAGAUCAGGCUUGAGGUGGACCAGAACAAUUUCUCUGUGAUAGAGAACACCACGGACAUCCACGUGCUGACGGGUUCGCUGAAGCUGUUCUUCCGGGAGCUCAAGGAGCCUCUCAUCCCUUGUUCGAUGUUCGAAAGGGUUCUUGCGGCGUGCUCUAUUCGACCGAGAGAAGCAAGAAUCAAAGAGUUCCGGGAUGUUGUGCAGGCGCUGCCUCAAUGCAACCGGGAUACGUUGAAAUUUAUACUCGAACAUUUAUUAAAAGUAACCGAAUACAGCGAACGCAACAGAAUGCACACAGCGAACCUCGCCAUCGUCUUCGGCCCCACUCUGUUGUGGGCCAAGGACCUGGGCAACAUCGCCGUCGACUGCAUCCAACAGAACAACGUCGUCGACAUCCUGCUGAACGACUACAAGGAGAUCUUCGCCGAGGACAACACAAAGGGCAAGAAAAAGGCGUGA